AUGGCGGAAGGGGAAAGCUGGUGGGGAGGUUGGCUUCAGCAAAGCUUCCAGGCCGUCAAAGACAAGUCAUCGGAGGCCUUAGAGUUUAUAAAGCGAGACUUGACGGAGUUCUCCACAGUGGUACAGCAUGACACAGCCUGUUCAAUUGUGGCAACAGCAACUGCUGUCAAAAAUAAGCUAGCUGUUGAAGGCUCAUCAGAGACCACAGAAAAGGUGAAGAAGAGUCUUUCUAGUUUCUUAGGAGUCAUAACAGACACACUUGCUCCACCUCCUGAUAAAACCAUUGACUGCGAUGUUAUCACAUUGGUGGCAACGCCAGCAGGAACAACAGAAGUGUACGACAGCUCAAAGGCACGUCUCUACAGUCUCCAGGCUGAUCCCGCCACAUAUUGCAAUGAGCCUGACGGGCCACCAGAGCAAUUUGACAACUGGAUAUCCAACUUCAGUAUGGAGGAUAAGAAAGGAGAGAUCUCGGAGCUGUUGGUCAGCAGUCCUUCAAUACGAGCACUCUACACAAAAAUGGUUCCAGCAGCAGUCGCCCAUUCGGAGUUCUGGCAGAGGUAUUUCUACAAGGUUUUCCAGCUGGACCAGGAGGAGGCACGGCGGGUGGCUCUUAAGCAGAGGGCGGAACAGACUUCCCACACAGAGACACUUGGAUGGGAGGAAGAAGAGGAAGACGACUUUCUUGGAACCACAUCCACGUCCCAGCUCAACUUCAAGCCCCCUUUUGACAUAAGCUCAACACAGCCACUUGGACCAUCAACAACCCUUGCAGCAACCACGCAGCUGACUAUUACCAGCCUGUCUCCAAGUGAAGAACGUGACGCCACCCUUUCAGUAAGCAGCGACAGCAUCAGUCUACCAACGCAGCUGGAGGUGCAGCUGGACCCCCUUGUAACGGAGUUGGGAAAGAAGUUGAAAAUGGUCACUGUGGACGAUGCUGUAGACGAGACGCAAACAUCUCAGAAGCCUGAGCAGACUUGUGACUCUGUUCCUGAAACACAAAUGGAAACUGGAACCCAGCCAAAGGUCACUGUGGAUAAAGUGACAGCACGGACCCCAAAAGUAGAGGGUCCUAAGGAAGAUGGACCACAAGACCUGAGAGUGUUUGAGUUGAACUCUGACAGCGGCAAGUCUACGCCUUCCAACAAUGGCAAGAAAGGUUCAAGUACCGAUGUGAGUGAGGACUGGGAGAAAGACUUUGAUCUCGACAUGACAGAAGAAGAAGUUCAAAUGGCACUCUCGAAAAUUGAAGCCUCGGGAGAGUUGGAAGAAGACUGGGAGAACUGGGAAUGA